UCAUGGCACCAAUGAAACCAAUGGCCUCGAGUCCGCCCACCAGCUCUCAAAUUCCGUCCACUACCUCCAAGAAGAUAGCCACUUUGAAGUCCACCACCCUGCAGACCACUGCCCCAUCUCAGCGCCCGUCAUCGUCCUUGCUGUCAUCGUCUUCCUCUUCAUCGUCCCCAUCGUCGACGACAUCGUCCACUCCCACCGAGUCUGUAGAAGGGAAAAAGAGGAAGGAGAAGAAGGGAGGGACAGGGAAUGUCGCCAAGGCCGGAAACGGCGACUGCCGGCUCUUUGUUUGCUCCACGUGGCAGCUUGAACCAACUAUCAGGUUGUUGUCUUGGGGUGGGAAGCAGAUUGAGCCUGUUGGGGUGGACUACAUCCUCCAGAAGUUGGGAUUCCGUCAUGCCCGCACCACCAUCCCAAAGUGGAUCCAGAGGGGUGCCAUGGACCCCGCUGACAAGCUUCUAUCGCUCCUGGCCAAGAAUCUCCUCAUGAUCAUCCUGGAAAGGGAGAAGAGCGACGCAGAGAAGCGGCAAAAGGACAAGGCUCUUCCUGCGAAAGGUUCCUCAAAGCCAGCUUUCCCAGGACCUUGAUGAUCCGUACCCUGCUCAAUGAUGACAAAGAGAGAAGAGCGGUGCAGAGAAGCGGCAAAGAACAAGGCUCUUCCUGCCAAAGGUUCCUCAAAGCAAGCUUUCCCAGGAACUUGAGGGUCCAUACCCUGCUCAAUGGUGACAAGACUCUACUGCUUCAAGAACGUCCACAUGAGGAUCGUAGAUACAGUGAUGCAGCAAUGUAACGAUGAAAUCUCUCCAAGUAGGUACUUCCUUCAGAUUCCAUCUCAUGAUCUUUUGAUCAGAAGCGUUUGCUUCAUUGCUGCAAUGGGCAGAUCUGUAUGUUGGAAAAUCAGGGUUCUUGAGGCUAUAACCCAAUGCAUUUUUUAAUUAUCCUGGUACUUGAGAUAUUGGAAUUGUUGUGGGAAUAUCCUUCCGCUUUUUCAAGAUGUUAAAUUAUAGGUGUAGUGGAUUAAAGCAUAUUAUUUGGUGUCAACUGGCGAUUUUUGCAUGUUCAUAGAGCUACUGGUUUUCGAAAUGACCUGGACAAUCCAAAAAAAUAAUGACGAGAGCUGUCCUUCUCUGAAGACAUCUUCUGAAGCAGCAUAUGAGCAAGAUCCCUGCAGGAAAUUGAGGUUCUCUACCAGUACACUCCUCAGACUCAGACCAAUAUGACCAAAAGGGCAUCUCCUGAAUAUAGUGUGAAGCAGAAGGUUUGAGUCGACUCAAGGGAACCAGAAUAGACACUCCUGGGAAUGUUCCAUGGGAAGAUGAACGAGUGAACAAGUGAUUAUUUCUCUGUGUGCAUAUAUUCAUUCUAUUUAAGUGGUCAUUUCUAUAUAAGUCUACCUUGCUAAGAUUUUAUGAAUAAUAUGAGUGAUUCAGAGAGUGAAAGUUCUAUACCUUGCAUUGCAUAAACCUACAAAAUUAUUUGUUUCUUCAUCCAUCUUUACAUUUUUUACUUCACUGUCUUUCUACUACUUUAUACUUUAUAUUACUUUAUAUUAUAUUUUGAAUGGAAAUGGAAUAAAGAAUUGAAUUGAAUUGAAUUUCUUUCAAAUGCAACAUUUCAAACAUCUCUACUAGUUUUUCAGCAUUCACAAAAAAGCAAUUUGUUGAACGUGUAUUGGGAGGAUCCUGGAAUCAGGCUCUAUUUCUGUUGUUAUUGAAGAAUUUCUAAAGAGGUUGGUAGGGAAAGGAAGCAAGGUUUUGAUAAUUUAUCCCCUGUAAUAUUUUGCUGCAAAAUUCCAAAAAGCCAGUCAUGUUAACAAAUUGUACAUGUAUUUAAUUACUCGUGACAUUUUGUAUUCCUUGGACUGCUCUGAUCACAUGUCAGUGAUAUCAACCAGUGCCAAUAAGAUUUGCAAGCAGAUCCAUCUGAAAAGUGGUCGUAUCCCAGAUAGCGCAUGAAAUCAUUUGUAUGAAAUCAAUAUUAGUGUGUUCAAAUCAAAAUGAUUAAACCCUCAUGUGUGUAAGUACUUAAUUUUGUACUAGACUAAAUGCUGUUGUUAUAAUAUUCCAAAUCUAUUGUUUUAAAUGUAUACAAAGUUGAAAGAUUCAUUGACAUUCACUUCAUAAAAUAUUUACAUACAUGUAUGAUCUUUUGGGUAUUUUGUAGUUGUAACUUAGAAAAUAUAAAAAUGCUUACAUGUACAUGUAUGCUGGUAGAAUUGUAUAAUUUGAUAAUCUUUGUCAUGCUUUCUGAGAUGUCAUGCAAAAACUGCAUAUGUUGUGUGUCUGUAUGAUAAAGUUUUGUACAUUAUAUAGAUUGUACAGAGAUCUACUAAAAGUAUUUUUUUCUCUCUCAUCACUUAUCGCCAUAUGUUGUUUGACAAUGGCGCCGUAUGUAUAGAUUAGCACAUGUACUUGUGCAAUGUGUGUACAAUAUGUCAACCAAUUAUUGGUGAGUGCCAAUAUGUUCUAAAUGUAUGUGCGCUACUUACAUGAAUGUUAUUUCAUGAAUAAGUGUUUAUUGUGCAGAAGUCAAUGUCUUUGGCACACAUCCAAAGCAGGUUUAUUUAAGAAAGAGCAAAAAAAAAUUAUAUGUGAUAAUAAUUUUCUUUUUGACAGAUUGCACACCAUUUAAAGGGAUGCUCUGGGCUGAAAAUAAUUUAUAUCUAAAUAAAUAGAGUAAAAUUAAUUGAGCAAAAAGGUGAAAAUUUCAUCAUAAUCAGAUAACAAAUAUAAACAAAGUUAUUGAAUUUUAAAGUUUGGCAAUAUUUUGUGAAAAUAGUUACAUGUAUAUGCACAUCAACAUGAAUAUUCAUUAGGUAGGCUGAUGAUGUCACAUCCCCACUUUCCUUUUUCUUAUGUUAUUACAUGAAAUCAUAAUUGUUUCAUAUUUCAUACAUGUGUGAACAAUGAGUCUCCUUUAUAAUGAAAUAAGUUGCAGCAAUGAAUAUCUAAUGCAUUAAAUCAGUUGUCAAUGCAAUUUUUUCA